UCCUCGGGGUUGCACAUCAGCCUAAUUGGCCUGCCAAACCAACAACGUAUAACAUGCCAGGGUUGCAAUGCGGAAGCACUUGCAGAAUAGUACGCUGUAUAUCACAUUGAGCAGAUUGCGGAAGAUAUGGAAACGCAGAAACCCUUCGACGUCCUCGUCUUCAGCAAGACAUGUGGCUACCGGCACGACUCCAUUCCAGCCGGCGUCGCCUCACUCCAAUGCCUCGCAGAGCAAACCUCGCAAUUCAUCGUCACAGCGAGCGAAGACGCAUCGACCUUUACUUUUGACAAUCUCUCUAAUUAUGCAGUUAUCAUCCUUCUCCAAACCAUCGGCGACAUUUUCACCCAAGACCAACUCGAUGCUCUGAAACAAUUCGUCCGCGAUGGUGGCGGCGUAGUCGCCAUCCAUGGCGCAGCAGCUGGCAUGCCAAAUGACGCGUGGUAUGAGAAUCUCAUCGGCGCGCACUUCGAUCAGCAUCCGCCGCACGAGCCAGGCAUUGUGCUCGUCGAGGACAUGAACCAGGACCACUUCAUCAUGAACUGCUGUGGUGGCCGGGAAAGCUGGACCGACGAGUUUUACAAUUUUACGUCCCAUCCGCGUGGGAACAGCAAUCUGAAAGUCUUGCUUAGAGGGGAUCCGAAGUCUUUUGAGGGGGGGAAGCAUGGAGAUGAUCAUCCACUGGCGUGGUGUCAGGAGUUUGAGGGUGGGAGGGUUUUCUUUACGGCAUUAGGGCAUUUUGAUGAGGCGUAUUCGGAUGAAUGGUUUAUUGAGCAGAUGAAAAGAGGUAUCUUGUGGGCUGCGCGAAAAGACAACAAAGGUUGAGGAAAAUAGCAAUUUUGAGAGAAACGCCAUUGAGCACGCC